AUGCUUGGAUUUACGAAGAAAAUUAACGAAACAGUCGCGAAAAGCAUUGUGGGGAGAAGAUUUCGACUCGAUGGCUCAGGGCAUACCAAAUCGCGUGAAAAUUCCAGAUUCUUGACCGAGAUUCGAGCAGGUCUCGCGACCUUCUUCGCCAUGGCGUAUAUCAUAUCUGUCAAUGCCACCAUCUUGACAGACAGCGGUGGGACCUGCGUCUGCACCGAUGCAAAUGAUCCAGCUUACGCAGAUAAUAUAGAGUAUAAUCUCUGUCUCGGCAUCAUCCAUCGGGACUUCAUCACGGGCACUGCUGCAAUAGCUGCAUUAACAUCCUUUUGCAUGGGUCUGUUUGCCAACAUGCCUAUCGCCCUGGCGCCUGUCAGUUACAAGCUCGCUUUGACAGCUGUCUUUGUUGAAGGAUUUGCGUUUGUGGGGUUGUCACUUCUCGGUCUGAGACAAUGGCUUGCGAGAGCUAUUCCUGCGUCUAUCAAGCUGGCGUCUGGCGUUGGUAUUGGGCUGUAUCUGACAAUCAUCGGCCAGACCUACAGUGCUGGAAUUGGUGCCAUUACUGGAGCCACCGCCACGCCACUAGAGCUUGCAGGCUGUCGUGCCGAAGAGAUUGUCGACAGCGUCUGUCCAGGUUCCACCAAGAUGCGCUCUCCAACGAUGUGGAUCGGUAUAUUCUGCGGUGAUUUCGUAACCGCCAUCCUCCUAGCCUACAAAGUCAAAGGCGCCAUUGUCGCAAGCAUCCUCCUCGUCUCGAUCAUCUCCUGGCCAAGACCAACACCUGUCACAUAUUUCCCCUACACACCUGUUGGCAACGACAACAUCGACUUCUUCAAGAAGGUGGUUACUUUCCACGGGAUUCGGAACAAGCUCGCUGUCCAGGAUUGGAACCUAACUGAUGUCUCAGGACAGUUCGGCCUCGCAUUUUUCACUUUUCUCUACGUAGAUAUCCUGGACUGUACCGGAACACUGUACUCUAUGGCCCGCUUCGCCGGUGCAAUCGACGAAGAAACCCAAGAUUUUGAAGGUUCCGCGGUAGCCUACCCUCCAUUGGGAAUCUCAAUCGGUUCCCUCUUCGGCCUUUCCCCAGUAACACCCUUCAUUGAAUCCGGCGCCGGCAUCUCCGAAGGCGGUAAAACAGGUCUCACGGCCAUCACCACCGGCCUCUGUUUCUUCAUCUCCAUCUUCUUCGCACCAAUUUUCGCAUCCAUCCCUCCGUGGUCUACCGGCUGCACACUCAUCAUCGUCGGUGCCAUGAUGGCGAAAGCAGCCAAGGACAUCAACUGGCUGUAUUUCGGCGACGCUCUACCGGCCUUCAUUACAUUGGCCGUAAUGCCGUUUACAUAUUCCAUUGCGUAUGGGCUGACCGCGGGGAUCGUGAGUUAUAUGAUUAUCACUACUACGACUUGGUUUGUAGAGAUGACGUGGAAGGUUAAGGGUGGGUUGUUGCCUGCUUGGAUUGUCAGAGCAGGAAAGGGGAAGAGGGAUUUUCUGGCAUGAGGAUCCUGUGCCGACUGGUGUAGAACGGGGUGGAGACUCAGGGUCUACAGAAGGGAUGGGCAGCGUGAAGCUUCCUACGGUUGAAUCCAGAUCGGAUGCGG